CUGUGGACCGGUUGGCCUGAUAUGCAAACUGGUUGAUGGAAAACUACACCUACAACAGCUACACACUCCAGAUGGAAGGCUUAAAUAUCACAAAGGAUUACAUUUACCCUUCCUUUUUCUUGUUGUUAAUUUUCUACAUUGUUUCAGUUGUUAUGAAUAUUGGCAUUUCAGUUCUGAUUUUUAUUAACAAAAAACUUCACCAGCCUAUGUAUUUCAUAUUUUGCAACUUGUCACUCAGUGACAUAAUUGGAUGUACAAAUAUGUUUCCUCGUUUGCUUGCAGAUAUUUUGCGGCCUCCUUCUGAGCGUCUCAUCAGUUAUUAUGCAUGUGUGGUCCAAGCUUUCAUUACACAGUUGUUUGGUACCACCUCCCACACUGUGCUUAUGAUUAUGGCUUUUGACAGAUAUGUGGCCAUCUGCUAUCCACUACGCUAUUCAACAAUAAUGACUAACAAGAUGGUGAUGAAGCUGACAGUUUCUGCCUGGGGUGUGGCCUUUGUUUUGGUUGGGAUUCUUCUUGGGCUGACCAUACGGCUGAACCGAUGCAGGACUAUGAUCAUGAAUUCUUACUGUGACAAUGCCUCCUUGUUUAAACUCUCAUGUGAGAGUGUGUUUAUUAAUAAUGUCUAUGGCCUCACAUUUACUGUGGUCCUGUACGUAGGUUCUAUAGGCAGCAUGGUUCUCACUUACACUAAGAUUGCAGUGGUUUGUCUGACCAGUAAAAACAAGUCUUUGAACAGUAAAGCCUUGAAGACCUGCAGCACUCACUUAGCUGUGUAUCUGAUCAUGUCAUUCAGUGGAUUUGUUGUAAUUAUUCUGCAUCGUUUCCCUCAGUACUCUGACUACAGAAAACUUUCAUUCAUUCUGUUUGUUUUAGUCCCUGGCACCCUCAACUCAAUUAUUUAUGGUGUGCAGUCCAGAGAGAUACGAAAGUAUUUCAGUACACCUCUCCUCAGACCUGAUGGGUCUCUGAACAUCAGUGAGAUCAGCACAACGCAUGCCGAAAUGCAUGAAGAAACUACAACAGAGGAUUAUGGCUGCAACACAAGCGCUUUGCGUCCCUCAAGCUCUCUGCUGGUUAGUAAGGAGCUAACCGAGAGUGUAAACACAUUAGUGUCUGAAGCUCAAAAAGUCUGCCAGCUGGCUCCCUGA